UUGUGUUCUAAAAUAGGGAUUCUCGUCAUCAUCCCGAAAACUCACUCAUGUCGCGCUGUCAAACUGCCCAUGGUUGUCACGAUGGAUGUUUUUGGCGAUCCUGAUUGGACGACACAACUAAAUCUUCUAAUUAAAUCUCUGAGCCUGGAUGCUGAUUUGUGCGGGAGAUUGCUCCUCACAGAAAGAAUCCUGGUGAGAUGAGUGGACAGGAUGGCAACUCUACCGGUGGACUGCAGCUGAAUACUCCUAAAAGGACACAUUAGCAGGUGGUGUGAUGUGAGGGGAUGCCCCUGGUCAAGAGGAGCAUAGAUCCCCGGCACCUCUGCCGCGGGGCGCUGCCCAAGGGGAUUGGCAGUGAGCUGGAGUGCGUCACCAACAACAGUCUGUCUGCCAUCAUACGUCAGCUCAGCAGUCUAAGUAAACAUGCAGAGGAUGUCUUUGGAGAGUUGUUUAGUGAGGCUAACACCUUUUACCUGCGUGCAAACGGUCUCCAAGACCGCAUCGACCGCUUGGCCGUCAAGGUCACCCAGCUGGAUUCCACUGUGGAAGAAGUCUCUCUGCAGGACAUCAACAUGAGGAAGGCAUUUAAGAGUUCCACAGUCCAGGACCAGCAGGUGGUGUCCAAUAGCAGCACGUCCAACCCUGUGGCAGAGAUGUACAACACCAGCGACAAGCCUCCUCCUCUCAGCAUCCUCUCUGCCUACAGAGAUGACCACACUGAUGGGAUGAAGUUCUACACAGACCCGUCCUACUUCUUUGACCUGUGGAGAGAGAAGAUGCUGCAGGACACGGAGGACAAGAGAAAGGAGAGAAGAAGACAACGGGAGCAGAAGCGAUGUGUUGACAGCACACUUCAGCGUGAGGUGAAGAAGGUUCGUAAAGCCCGAAACCGCCGUCACGAGUGGAACAUGAUGGCGUUCGACAAAGAGCUCCGCCCAGACCAUCGCCACCCUCACUCUCUCCACCGGGGGGUGUCGUCUGAGGGCUCCCUCUCCCCGGAGAGCAGAUAUGAUCUGCCAGACUACCCAACUGCUCCAGGCCUUCCCCAUGCUACAUCCAACCACACCCUGGCUCACCCCUACCAGCCUGCAGACAUCCAUGAGUCUGUAGAGCAUGAGUACCACAGCAUCGGAGUCGGCUACAGAGAAGGGACUCUCAACCACACACAGUACCCCAACCCUCUGCAUCACCCCACUGAGAGAAUGAAUGGCACUAUAACGCUUCCACCUGCAGACUACAGUAUAAUGGAGUACUAUGCCAGUUCUGGACCACCACCUCCUCCUCCCCCAGCCCCUCUUAUCCCAUCUGCACAGACAGCCUUUGGCUCUCCCAUGGUGUCCCCCACCCCACUUACUGGAUCCUCAGGCUGUUGUCCCCCAAUGCUAUCUCCCCCAGGACCCCAUAUGAUUCCACCUCCCCCAGGUCCUCCACCACCAGUCCCUCCCGCUCCCCCCCAAGUGGCAGGACUCGGUGAUUGGAAGAGACAGGACACCCAGCCUGUCACUGGUACACGAAGUGACCUUCUGUCAGCUAUUCGCAUGGGUAUCCAGCUGAAGAAGGGGCAGGAGCAGCAGGAGCAGCAGGCCAAGCGGGAGCCUGUGGGGAACGACGUGGCCACCAUCCUGUCCCGACGCAUCGCAGUGGACUACAGCGACUCAGAGGACGACUCCGAACUGGAGGACAACGACUGGUCAGACUGACCCUGACACCGCCCACACACGGUGACCAAACACCAUGGACACAUCUCUCCUCCAGCCCAACUAUCCCACAACGGAUAUGAUGUGGUACAGCUGUACAGAUGAAUGAGAGUCUCAUAUGCGGUCAGGGACACUGUUUUUACAGACCGAUGACCAUAUUAUGGUUCAUAGUGAUUAGUGGGCAUAGGCUGAGGACACAGUUUCAUUUUAGUUUUAGCCAUUUUGUCCAGUAGGUGAAUGAACUUAAUGUUAAGGCAAAUUAGUUUCCUGAUGAACUGAGAUUCAGCUGAAAUCACUCAAAGGUAUGUGGACCAAAUAACCAAGUGGCGAAUUUCCCCCUUUUCCUACUGUACCUACAGAGCUGUCAGCUCUUUUACUCAGACACCAACAUGAUCAUUUCAUCUAAAUAAAUCACCAACACUGUACUCUCAAUGUCA